CGCAACAGGUUCUGGGAGAUAAAAUCAAAAGUUUAACUCCGAUCAAUGUAGGAAGAAGAAGCAUGCUGUCUCCGUUUCGGCUCUUUGGCACUGAGCAGGAGAUCAACUCAUGGGAUGUAGUGGCUGCAGAGUCAGGUUCAACUUUGGAAAGGUGCUGUCCAAAGUCUCCGUGUUUUUUACCAUGGUCCUGAUCUUCACCUACUUCUUCUACUGCCUCACCGGAUUCUGCGAUUCCGCUCCGAGGACUUUAUACAGACAGCAAGCUUUGGAGUAUGACGUUUUGGGCGAUCAUCGCAGCGUCCUGGACGACCUGCGACCUCCGGCGCGCCUCCUCCCCGACGCGCCAGCUCUUCGGAACCGCACAGUGGCAUCCUCCACGGACGCAGGGCAGGUGGACGCGCCUGGACAGCUGCCUCCUCUCAGCGACAAGGGGAGCGCCCCGAGCAGCGGCAUGCCCGUUUCCAACACUUUCGGGACAAAAAGGUUCCCGCAGGCGAUUAUAAUCGGCGUGAAGAAAGGAGGAACCCGCGCCCUGCUGGAGUUUCUGCGCAUCCACCCGGACGUGAGGGCGGUCGGCGCGGAGCCUCACUUCUUCGACAGGUUUUAUGACAGAGGACUGGAGUGGUACAGGACUCUGAUGCCUCGGACGCUCGACGGCCAGAUAACCAUGGAGAAGACGCCCAGCUACUUUGUCACAAAAGAGGCUCCGGGUCGUCUCUGCACCUUGAACUGCCAAACCAAGCUCAUUGUGGUGGUCAGAGAUCCUGUGACGCGGGCUGUCUCUGACUACACUCAGACUCUGUCCAAAAACCCGGGUCUUCCCUCCUUCCAGAGCCUGGCUUUAAAAAACUCCUCCAGCGGUCUGAUCGACACCACGUGGAGCGCCGUACGCAUCGGCCUCUACGCCAAACACCUGGAGAACUGGCUCCAGCACUUCCCCUUGUCUCAUUUUCUGUUUGUGAGCGGCGAGCGGCUGGUGUCCGAUCCGGCCGGGGAGAUGGGUCGGGUUCAGGAUUUCCUGGGCCUGAAAAGGGUCGUAUCGGACAAACACUUUUAUUUCAACCAGACCAAAGGCUUCCCCUGCUUGAAGAAGCCCGAGGGGAGCAGCAGACCUCGCUGCCUUGGAAAGUCAAAGGGCAGACCCCAUCCAGAUAUCUCCUCCGAGGUCCUGCAGAGACUCAGAGACUUCUACAGGCCCUUUAACCAACGCUUUUACCAGAUGAGUGGACAAGACUUCGGGUGGGAAUAACAGAGAAGAUUCCUGUCAUGGCCUCAGAACAAAAAUAAAAUCCUCUGGAGAAAAUGACUGUGAUCCUCUGCAGGGUUAACUUUCUCAGGGAUGGGAGAUGAUUCUGCCUCAGUAGACUCAACCUGACAUGCAGCAUCUCAACUCUCAUUUUUUUGUUUUGGAGAAGAAGCCAACAUGGACAAGAUGCUGCCAAAGUUGGCUUAGUCAAUACACCAUUAAUUAAUUGUCUGACCUGUCACUAAUGUAAGUGUCAAACUGAAUUUU